AAUAACAGCAAUAAGAUCUCUCGACCGAACAUGGCCAAGUCCACCAUCGUCUCUGCCGUGCUUCUUCUUGCUUGCACCGUGGUGGUUUCGAAGCCGGCGCUCGCCGCCGUCGAGCCAGCACCGGCAUACGACGUCUCCCUCGAGGCGUGCAUCAAGAAAAUGACCCAGAAGUGCGGGCUGGAGCUCUUCCACAACAUCUUCCAUGACGGCCCCGACGUGAGCGACUCUUGCUGCAGCACCCUGGCGGAGAUGGGCGAUCCCUGCCACUCCGAGUUCGUCGAUGUGGUCCUCAGUAACGAUAAGUUCUAUGCUCGCACCGCCGAGUAUCUGAAAAGAAGCUCAAACGCAUGGAAGCGCUGCAAAUCGAUUGUCGGAGGGCACUGAUGCACCAGCUUCUUCAUAAUAUAGAUUGUGUCACUUGUUAUGUGAGGUUUUGGGUACAUAUGCUCAAAAGAAAAAGAGCAUGAUGUACUUUCAAUGAUCAUUAAUGGAAUAAGGAGGGUCCUUGUUACUA